UAGCGGUGACUCACAGAGCACUCUGCACUGCCACGGUCGCCUCGGGAAGGAGGAAAAAUGUGCAGAUUUUUUCCCCCUCACGCGAGGGCCGGACGAACCAGGCUGGGCCAAUCAGGGCAGGGCGGCGGGAAUCGCACCAAACAGGCGCCAGCCCAGUCCGCCUUCUAGCCCCCCGCAGACGGGGGAGAACGCACGUCCACCCCUAAACACUUUCUGGUGGGGGGGGGUCCCCCAACAGCCUGGAGCAGGUGAGGGAAGCUCCCCUCCCGCUGGGAGUUUGGACAGCCGCCGGGCGGGGCGUUGCCGGACUGGCUGGUUGCGUAGCAACGACGGGCGGUGCGUGACGUGCGCAGCCGCGUUCAGUCGCGAGGCGCGCCCUCCCCAGAGUAGGCUCGCGCCGCCGCGUCAGCUCCGCGCUGGGUCUCUCGGUGCCGCAUCCGUGAGUAGGUCGCUCCGUAGACUCGCUGCCCGCCGGCUCCCUCCCCUGCGUCCCUGCGACCGCCGCGGCGAAGAUGGCCUCAGGAGUGCAAGUUGCUGAUGAAGUAUGUCGUAUUUUUUAUGACAUGAAAGUUCGUAAAUGCUCCACACCAGAAGAAAUCAAGAAAAGAAAGAAGGCUGUCAUUUUUUGUCUCAGUGCAGACAAAAAGUGCAUCAUUGUAGAAGAAGGCAAAGAGAUAUUGGUUGGAGAUGUUGGUGUAACCAUAACUGAUCCUUUCAAGCAUUUUGUGGGAAUGCUUCCUGAAAAAGAUUGUCGCUAUGCUUUAUAUGAUGCAAGCUUUGAAACAAAAGAAUCCAGAAAAGAAGAGUUGAUGUUUUUCUUGUGGGCACCAGAACUAGCACCUCUGAAAAGUAAAAUGAUCUAUGCAAGCUCCAAGGAUGCAAUCAAAAAGAAAUUUCAAGGCAUAAAACAUGAAUGUCAAGCAAAUGGACCAGAAGAUCUCAAUCGGGCUUGUAUUGCAGAAAAGUUAGGUGGAUCCUUAAUUGUAGCCUUUGAAGGAUGCCCUGUGUAGAUCAUCAUUCAGUGCCACAAAUUGAAAGCUUCCAUGUUUAAUGUUAUCCUCUUGCUAUAUAAAUAAAGCAAAUAUAUUUAGGCCAGGGUCUCACUGAGAGGGGGCUGUCUUGUCAUCUUUUAGAGUAAACUAAAUAUUCUAUGAACAUAUGCAAACAGCCCUAAAUAAAUCUAAAGUCUAAAGUUUUAUUGGUGUGAAAUUAAAUCCUUAUUGGCCAAAUGCCUGUUUUGAUGAGUUGAUUUAUAAAGAUUUUUGUUAAGCUCAGGAUUUUUAAUUAUGCAGUUCUCAAAACAGUACAAGGCCAUGUGAAGAGAAUUACUAUAUCUUUAUUAACCUCAGCACUUACUUUCUUUUGCUUAGAAAAUAGCUCAUCAUCGGUUAUAAUUUUGGCCCAAAUUCUUUAUUCUUCCGUGAGCUAAGCAGAAUAAUGGAAUAUAGUAUGUCUUCAUAAUAUAACAACACUAAUACACUACUAGUAAGAUUAAUUCAGGCAGUUUUACUUCUACCAAAUGUGUAAUGGAGAUUGUCUCAAAAUUGUGUCCACAUAAUCCACGCUGAUCUUGCAAAGCACUAUUUCAAGCACAUCAUUGGAAUACAAGUAGCCCUGGACCUGCUGGUGAGCUCAACAUUCACUGGUUGGAAGAGUGACCUGGCAUCUUGGAAAUCAUGGUGUUUCUUCAGGAGAAUGUGCAGUGUCUUGUAACAACAAAUUAUAAUGCAAAUUAGGGCUACACUGUAAUCUGCUUUGUUAAUGAAAAUGAUAAAAUAAUAUUGACAAGCUAGGACACCUGUGUGGUACCUUUAAUUGUAUCUCCUUCAGAAGUUUGCUUCUUAUUUUAUAAUAAAGUGUGGAAGAAUAUUGAGUAUAUGUUUACUCUGGGCCUGGGAGAACUUAAUUUCCUAGAGCAGUUUGUUGACUGUGUGCAGUGGGGAGAAGGUACCAUGGUGACACUCACAGUCCCUGCCACUGUUCACUGGCCACUUGGAAGUGGCCAUUGUUAACAUCACAGGCAUAACACUUUGAACAAUGUAGAGAUGCACAAACAGUUGAACUUAGAAGUAGCAGUAUUGGCUUUAUGUAAUAAAGGAAGCAUUUUGGACUUA